UCUCUUCUUAAUUUCUUCUUGCUUAAAUAAUCUUCCUUUGUGUACAUAUAUUCAACCUCUCCUACCACUUUUUUUCUCUAACCCUCCUUCCCUCCUCCUCAAUAUACAUACAGAGCGAGGGAAAGAGAAACACAAAAGAGAUUUACCCACACAAAAAAAAAAAAAAUUAUUGAUCAACCUUCUUCAAAAUCAAUUUUCUGAUCAAUAUUUGCACUCUAAGGUAAAAGGAAAGUGAACGUACACCGUACGCAGCCCAAAAAUCUUCCCUUGUAGUUAUACAAAUAUAUACUCUCUUCAAUUCACGCUUCAAACGUGUAACCGAAAAUACAUAUAAACUGCCUAUUUAUUCAAAGAUUGAAUGAAAAUGGGUUAAAGAUUGAAUCCUGAGCUGCUUGUCUUGAAUUUUGGGGUCGAUUAUUCAAAAAAAUGGCGUGUAAUGCUAUAUCAAAUACGCAACAAGAACCGAGCAUCGAUACAGAUAAGUUAAGUUAUGAAAUUUUCUCUAUUUUGGAAAGCAAAUUCUUAUUCGGUUAUGAUGAUCAAAAGCUUUGGGUACCUAAAGAAUUAACUUCUCCGGUUGAAGAGCCCAAAAACGAUGACGUUUCAACGAUCAAAAAUCAACGAGGGAAAAUAUGCAUCCUCAGCAUUGAUGGUGGCGGAAUGCGAAACAUAUUAUCAGGAAAAGCUUUAGCGUAUUUGGAACAAGCGUUGAAGGUUAAAUCGGGAAAUUCACAGGCUCGAAUUGCUGAUUAUUUCGACGUUGCUAUUGGUUCCGGUGUCGGAGGAAUUUUCACGGCGAUGCUUUUUUCUACACAAGAUCAAAACCGUCCGGUUUUUCAAGCCGAGGAUACGUGGAAGCUUUUGGUUGAACAAGGUAAAAAGAUUUACCCUUCGAAAGGGUCAAAUAAUGCCGGAAAUGGUUUUCUCCGUCGAGUUUUUCGCCGCGGAGCCACCGGUUCAGCUUCUUCCGGUUUAGAGAAGGUAAUGAAGGAGGCGUUUGUGGAUAAACAAACCGGUCGAAGCCUUACGUUAAAGGAUACGCUUAAACCGGUUUUAAUUCCGGUUUAUGACCUGUCAAGUACGGCGCCGUUUUUGUUCUCUAGAGCCGACGCUUUCGAGUCGGAGAGCUUUGAUUUCCGGUUAUGGGAAGUUUGUAAGGCUACAGCGGCUGAACCGGGAGUUUUCGACCCGGUUUGUAUGAAAUCAGUCGAUGGAAAAACCGGGUGUGUGGCGGUUGACGGUGGUUUGGCUAUGAGUAACCCGACGGCGGCGGCGAUUACUCACGUGCUUCAUAACAAACAGGAGUUUCCUUUUGUUAGAGGAGUUGAGGACAUUUUGGUACUUUCGCUCGGAACAGGGCAGCUUUUAGAAGGAAGCUUUGAAUAUGAACAUGUUAAAAAAUGGAAGGCUAAGGACUGGGCUAAACCUAUGGCUCGCAUCUCCGGCGACGGCACCGCCGAUAUGGUGGAUCAUUCCGUCGCUAUGGCUUUCGGCCAAUGUCGUAGCAAUAACUACGUCCGCAUUCAGGCAAAUGGAUCGAGCUUUGGUCGUUGUGGGGUGAACGUAGAUGCUGACUCGAGUCCUAGCAAUGUGAAAAAGCUGGUGGGAAUUGCAGAUGAAAUGCUAAAGCAGAAAAAUGUAGAAUCUGUGCUUUUUGGUGGUAAGAAAAUAGGAGAGCAAAGCAAUAUAGAGAAACUUGAGUGGUUUGCUGGAGAACUUGUAAAAGAGCAUCAGAGGAGGAGUUGCAGGAUAGCUCCCACUGUUGCAUUUAAGCAAGCUGCUUCCUAAACAUCUCUCAAACAGUAACUAAGAAAAAUAAAUAAAACGAUUUUAAAAAAAUUGGAAAAUUUCCUUUCUAUCCUAUCUCUCCAAUUUUUAUGAUUUGUCGACUGGGGUAUAUGCAACGUUGGCAUAAGUCAGCCUGCACUCAUUGCUUUCGACUUGUAUUAUGUAAAUUUAGUUACAAUUUAUAAAGUAUAUAUAUUUAUACUAAGUUCCCUUACACUG